AUGGCGCCGCAAAAGGAGAAAAAGCCCAAGGAUGCAGAGAAAAAUAACGGUAUAAAUAAAUAUUUUUCUGCAAAAGAUGGGAAAAAGGACAAAGGCGAAAGUUUAGAAAGAUUGGAGCAAGGAAUGAACGAUGGAACUAUCUCUCGUGAAAAAAUAAACGCCGGCCUCCAACAAUCCGUGAUAAAAGAUCACACGGGCCAGGCACCAAUCAGCAGUGAACAGUCUUCCCGAUCCAACCACAAUGCUCCAGAAGAAGUCGCACCCCAUCAGCCACCCCAUUUUGUUAUAUCAGAACCAAAUAACACAGAAGAUGUCGAAAUGCAGUACUUGGAACCUAAGACUGCAGAUCAAAAUCAUCCCCACUCGAUCGAAGAUAGGGUUUCUUCUAAGGCAGAAGAGCAACGCCAAAAAACCCCCGCUCAUCAGGAUUCAUCUGUCGAAAGCCAAGCUCUCCAGAACAAGGUCUCUACUCCUGACCAAUUGGAAGAUGGCUGCUUGGCAGUUCUGACCACAAAGGAAAAGAAAGAGAAGGGAAGCAAGAGCACCGGAGACGAAGGGUAUGACAAAGAUGUCGUUAUAGAUGGAUGGGGAACCCUGAAUGGCUCGUCUUUUGUCAUAAUCCAAGAUGGACCUUUCAAAUACGCCUCUUACCGUUUCGAACGGAGAAAAGACUACUCCGAUCCCGACAAAGUCUACAUUUCAAACGAAGCAACGCGAAUUUCUCGGCUGAAAGACAAAGACCCCUCAGGCAAAAUGGUCUUCCGAUACACAAAGGAGAAUUUCGUCGGAAUUUAUGGCAUUGUUUGUAGCAAUGGAAAAAGAAAGUCCACCUGGAUGAAAGUGAAAUGGAAGAAUAUCAGGCCUAGCGACGAUGAAAUCUUGGUGAGGGCGUGCUCUUGGGAGCCGAAAUCCAAGCUUGUCCGCUUUUGUGGUGGUAAAAAAGCAACCGAAGAAAAGACAGAGGAAGUCUGGAGAAACCAAAAGAAACGAUAUGCAGAAUACCAGGAGGGGGUUGCCCCGAAGUUUGAUUCUCAAGGACGCAGCAUCUAUGGACGUUCGCCGACUCCCUGCCCACCUGAGAUGACGAUAGAGCAAUACCGACAAGAUCGAGAUGCUGCCAAAAUCAAAAUCGAAACUCCCAACGGCUUCCGGCAGCAGUCAGACAAUCUGCAGUCUGAUAAAAGUGCGAUCAAAACCAAAGAGGAAUUCAUGGAGCAGAAAAUGAAGGGGGACGAAUGGGAAAAGCUCAGCGAUCUAGAGAAAGAGAAGCGAAAAGUAGAGCUUGAAGCGCUUUAUGAUGUCUAUAUGGAGACCGUGAGAAACUCUGGAGAAGGCCCUAGCCAUGCGCCAGAGGAGACUUCCAUUUCUGUCAGUUAA